GCAGCUUUCUGCGCGCGUUCAAUUGUUAUUUGUCAUAUUAUUCUCUAGAAAAUAAAACUUAAAAAUGCAGCAGACCCGUGAGAUACUGACCUUCCAGUUUGGUACAUAUGCCAAUUACGUGGGUGCACAUUUCUGGAAUCAGCAGGAGGCAAACUUUGUUUAUGAUCGCGAGGGCAAUAUAGCGGAGGAGCAGCUGCCUCAGAAUGACAUCCUCUAUAGAGAGGGUCUCAAUGAUCAGAAACAGACGACAUAUACGCCAAGAUUGUUAUCGGUUGAUUUACUGGGCACAUUGCGGCAUUUGCCAGUUGUUGGCGAAUUGUAUGGUAACUUUUUGCCAUUGAUGGACGAACAGAACGCAGAUGAGCUACAGAAAACUAAAGAUUUAGUUGAACAGAGUCAGAUAUUGACGCCCGGCGGUCUGGAUGUACGCAAGCAGCCACCAGUCGAGCCAUCCGAAUACCAAUUGGAUUUGGUAAAGGGUACCGUGUACACCGAAAGAAAGGAUUACAAAUUGGCUGACACGUGCAGCAGCUGGGCGGACUAUCUAUAUGCACGCUAUCACCCGCGCUCAUUGAAUGUGCUCCGAGGCAUGCAGCGUCAGACGGAUGUCCAAGUGCUGGGCACCCAGGUGGCUGGCGUCGAGCUGUGGCAAUCGGUGGCCUUCAACGACGACUUUUGCGAUCGCAUUCGCAUGUAUGCAGAGGAAUGUGAUGCAUUGCAGGGCUUUCAGAUGCUCUUCGACAUUGACGAUGGCUUCAGUGGCUUGGCCACCAAGUGUCUGGAGCACUUGAAUGAUGAAUAUGGUCGGGCCAGCUAUGUGCUGCCGUUACAUUAUCCACGUAACAUUUCCUAUGCCCAAGCAGAUGCGCGCACGGCACACAGCAUCCGUGUGGUGAAUAGCGUGCUCAGCUAUUAUCAUCUCAGCGAGCAGGCAACCAUGUUUACGCCGCUUUCCACGCUGGAGACCAUUUGGCGUAAUACGACUUUGCAAUCGAGACGUAUGCCUGGCCUACACUGGCAGUCGGAUAAUCUGUACCAGAGCUCUGCUAUUUUGGCUGCCUACUUGGAUACGGUUACGAUGGGCUAUCGCCUGCGCAAUACGCCGGAAUCGCUGUUGCGCUUUUGUGAGCGCGUUACGCCAUCUAAUCGCAAUAUGACUGCAGCAGGCCUAUCGCUGCCAUUGAGCAUGGAGCAGGAGCAGGAUCUGAUUGACUUCCUGGAUGGCAGCAAUAAUGGCUCGUUGCUGACACAGCUAACGCCUGGCUGUGAGCCGGGCGAUUCGCAUGUUGUACAAUCGAUUGUGGCACGCGGAAUACCCCAUUCACGGCUCAAGCGACCCGUGGACCAGGCCGGUCCGCAACUGCGUAUGGCGGCCUACAAAUGCGAGAGUGUCUCCCAGAUGCUUCUGUUGUACUAUCAGUGUGCCUAUCAUGGCAGUGUUACGCAUGCCGCCUCCCUGCCGCUGCCACUGAACACCAAGCUACCAUUUCCCUAUGAAAUCUUUGAUGCACACAUCGCAGCUGAUGGCUUUAAGCUGCUGGGCCAGGCGGAGCGGGAGAAGGACAAUCGUGUGGGCAGCGCUCCAGCACUAGCUGCUGUACAGAACUCCAGCAAACUGGGCGCGCAUCUGGAUACAUUGCAUGGGCAAACGCAUCGUGUGCAGUUGGCCAAGCUGCAGAGCUACGCGCAGUCGGGCUUCGAGCAGGAAGAGUACGACACGGCACUGGAUAAGCUGCUCGAGUUUAGAGACAACUACAAAGAUGAUCAUUAUCUUUAAAUCUGUGAUAACACACACACACACACACACAAACACAUAGUUAACAAUUCACAAU